CUAAAGUACAAACACACACAGAGCUCCUAUUGUUUGCAGCCCUUCACAAGCCCACUGAUCCUAAUAUGGAAUUCAGCAGGAAACCCAUGAUUUCCUGACACACAGCAAGCUGAAGAAAGAAAGGAAAAACUCCAUUAAAAACCUCCAGCUUUCCUCCAUGUUAGACAUGAAAUGGAAAAUGGAGUGGAUUUAGCAGGAAUCCCCGAUUCCUCUGGAGAAGGGGAGAAGAGAAUCAACACCUCAGACUGCUGAUAUUUUUAAAGUUGCAAUAAAUAUCAAGGUCUCUGUGACAGGAUGAGUGUUUCCUGACUCAAGCUCACAAGAAAGGACAAUCCUUUUUUUAAAAUCGAUGUAUAAUUUAUUUACCUCAAUGCUUCUCUUUACGGAUAUGGUAAUUGCUCGAGGCGGCUGGAACAGCCUGGAAAUAUUAGUAUGAUUUCCUGAGGUUGAGAGCGUCCCAAACUCAGGAAGAGUCAGUACAAUCGCACUUCAUUUUUCCUUCAUGUGCACUUGGAAGUCCUGGGACCAGCAGCAGCACCAGCAAGAAUGAACUGCAAGGAAGAAGAUGACAACAGCACCGACUGCAGCAGCAAUAACGUGAAGAAGAUGUUGAAGUGCGUGGUGGUUGGGGAUGGUGCGGUUGGGAAAACCUGUCUGCUGAUGAGUUAUGCCAAUGAUGCCUUCCCGGAGGAGUACGUGCCCACUGUAUUUGACCACUAUGCAGUGACUGUGACUGUCGGAGGCAAGCAGCACUUGCUGGGGCUAUAUGAUACUGCAGGGCAGGAGGACUACAAUCAGUUGAGACCUCUCUCCUAUCCCAGCACAGAUGUGUUCUUGAUCUGUUUUUCUGUGGUGAACCCUGCCUCUUACCACAACGUCCAGGAAGAGUGGGUGCCUGAACUGAAAGUCAGCAUGCCGCAUGUGCCUUAUGUGCUCAUAGGAACACAGAUUGAUCUUCGUGACGAUCCCAAAACUUUGGCUCGACUACUUUAUAUGAAGGAGAAACCCCUCACUUACGAACAUGGAGUGAAGCUGGCUAAAGAGAUUGGAGCACAGUGUUAUUUGGAAUGUUCAGCCCUGACACAGAAAGGCCUUAAAACAGUCUUCGAUGAAGCAAUCCUCACCAUUUUUCACCCUAAGAAAAAGAAGAAACGCUGCGUGACGUGCCACAGCUGCUGUACAGUUGUAUGAGGUCACUUGAAAAGCAAAGCAGGACAGUGCUAUUGUUCAACUAAACCCCCCAGGUUAGAAUGGCAAUGAGCGUCACACGCAAACUGAAAUGGGGAACAUGACCAGAAAGGAGACCUAUUAAAUCAUAUAUGAUUCCUCCAUUCUGUGAAACCUCAGGCUGUAACAUGUUAGCCAGCUAAUGUCUAUUUGCUUUCCUAACCCUAUAGAGCUGUAUGCAGCCUGUUCCCACACUAUGCUCAUUUGCACUGAGCCAGUAUAAAACAGGAUGUCUGCUAAUGGCUGACUCUGAAUCAGGUUAGGGUGCUGUGUUGAAAACUUUAAAGACACUGUAAAACCACCAAGAAAAACUUCAUUUGUGGCCUUAAGCAAGAAUUGAUCAAAAGUAUAAAUUUAUAAUACUUAAGAAUUAAAUAUGAAUGGAUCAAAAGCACUGAGAAAUCAUUAGAAGUUUAAUAUGUAAUCAUAUACAUUAUAUAUAGGAUAUACUUUCAAAUUACUUUUCUUUAUAAAAUACUCACUAAUUUCAGGAUCUACUUUAGUUUGUUUAAAGCAAAACGGUAGUGACUCCAAUUCCCAGUCAUUUAACUCAUGUUACAGCAUCAAGCCAUCAAAAUGGAUCAAUAUUUACCUCCAGAUUGAAGGAAUGUUCUUUUUACUACACAAAAUGACAAAUAUCGCCGUUUUACACAGAAUGUGUCCAGGCUGGGCCAGGAGGUUUUCAGAAGCUGGGUGAGGGAAAACAGUGUAAGUGAAAAACUGUAGCAUAAAUUUGCAGAAACAAAGUGAUCAUAUCAACAAAAAAUCUUGUGACAGACAUGAAAAACCAGGGAGAUGUUGCAUUAGCAUGAGUAUUAUAAAGUCACUCUACAGAUUGGGUGCAUUUCCACAUCUCACCCAGUGGAUGAAAACAAAACCAAACAAGCCAAAGUCACAUUAAUGUGAAGUGCUUUACAAUGAUCCAGUUGCCUUAUUUGAAAUAGUUUUUUAGAAAUGAUCUUGUGUAAAGGUAUUAAUUGGAGCGGACUUUUAAACAUGUCUAUUUACUGUAGUCCUCUCUCUGCUCUUCAUUGCUUUGUCUGUGUCGUCCAUGUUCAUUAUUGCAAUUAGCAGUUAAGGUAUAGUGUGGGUAUGCUACUCAGGAACUUUCUUUCAGACAAUAUGCAGGAUGAUGUGCUGCGGCAUGCAGUCCGGAGACAGGAAGCCUGAACCUCAAGGGAAUGAAAGCUGACAAUAAGCCCUCUUUACUGUUGAAUAAAGUGGGCCUUUUUGCUAAGGUUUCUCCAGGGAGCCUGUUGUUUUGCACAUCCCAGCAAGAUGCCGUUAUACCACAGACACUCGGAGGUGAACUGUGAGGGUGUCUUAUUACUUACAUCUGCCUACGAGUGCCUUGGAAAUGCCCAUGUAGCUGUCUUGUUAUGGAUUUCAUUUCUGAUCGUACCUCUCCAAGGCAUACAAUUACAAUGCCAGCAAAUCCAUGUUUCUAGACCUAUAAAGUAAUUCCCUGAAAAAAGCAACAGCCAGAGUCAGUGUUUCCAGCCCUAGUAUGGAACUGCACCCUCUCUCACCAGCAAAGUACUAGCACGGGGAUUAAUUUACCCACCCAGUGCUUGGAACAGCCAGCAUUCUCCUCUUUGGAUGUACUGUACAGUGCUUGAGUCUACAGAAGGGCAGCUAGACAGCCUCUGCCAUUAACAGGAGAUUGGGGAACCAAUCCUACAGUCCUUACUCAGGCAAAACUCCCACUGGCUUCAGUGGGAUUUUGAGUAAGGACUGUAGCAUUCGGCCCAAAGUAAGCAACACCAUAGAUACAAGGCUCAAUCCCAUAUUCAUUGCAAUCAAAGACAAAACUCCCAUUGACUUCAGUGAUGACAGUAUCCUUUACUACACAGAUAUUUAUAGAAGGUUUUCCUAUGUGAGAUCGUUGUCAUUAUAUUGUAAAAGCCUUGCUCUGGAUUCCAGCUGCACGGCGCCCAUUAAAAUCAGUGGGGAGUACAUGGCUAGAAUGUACUGGCUGUAACUUAAGGGUAAAUGAAGCAAUUUCUGUUUUAGUAAAUGCAACUCAUUAGAAUUCAAGGGCCCUCAAUCCUAAGGACACUAAUUUAUGCUUUGCCGUUGACUCUAAGAGGAGCAGGAUCAGAUGCCAAAACAUUUAUAUCAGUACAGGUCUCCCAUUAUCUCCGAGACGCAAGGGAUAUUUAGCUAUGGUAUUGGUAAAUAAGCGUCUUUUGCUAUAUUAUUGCUAAGGAUACGAUUCUGUCGUGGAGGUCAAAGAUUCCAUGACUUUCUGGGACCUCCGGGACUUCUUCCAGGGCAGGGCUGGAGCAGGUGUCAUCCCCAGGACCGCCAAAGCAGCAGCUCCAGGGCUGAAGCAACGGCCAACGUUGAGUCAGUCCCACUGGGGCUGAAGCUGCAGCUGUCAGCCCCUGCCACAGGAGCAGCAGCAGGAUUAGAGCAGCGACCAGUGGUCAGCCCCACUGGGGCCGCUGGAGCAGAUAGCUGGUGGUUGAUCUCAGGGUCACCAGAGCAGCAGUCCCCCAGCCUCUGGAAUGGCAGCCGGUCCCAGGACCACCAGAGCAGUGAUCCUCCAGGCUGCCGGAGCAGCUGGCCAGCGGUCAGCUCUGGAGCUGCCGGAGCAGCAAUCCCUGGGCAGCUGGAGCAGCUGGCCAGCAGUUGCCCCAGAGCAGUGGCUGGGCUUGGAUGAGCCCUCCUGAGAAUGGAGCAGCAGCGGGGUCAGCCCCCAGUAGCACUGGUUGUUAGUCCCCCCAUCCUGCCCCCGCAAGGUAUUUUUUUUGUAAAAGUCAGGAACUGUUUAUUGCCCCUGACCUGUCCCUGACUUUUAGUAAAAAUACCCGUGACAGAAUCUUAACCUUAAUUAUUACACAGUGGAAUUGUGAUAAACAUUGGGUCACUUUCCGUGGACAUGGCUGAAAAUGAAGUUGUAGUAAGUCAGAGAUGCUAAAGGAAAUCCUGUGUGUGCCUUAGGGUAUAAAUCCCUAGUGAACACUCUGGAUCCCGUUUCAUCCUGUCAAAGGGGUUGCCUUAGAAUAUGUUGACAGAAAGUUUGGGAAACGUAGCUCAGACCAGAAAGCGAGCCCGGCGAUGAUGCCAUUUUCUUCCGUACGAAAGGAGCUGUGGUUUGCAUCUCAGUUAGGUGAAUGUGUUAAUUUCCUAGUGCAGUUGGGCUGCAGGGAGCAUGUCUGGCAGUGGGUUCCCUGGACUCCCACGUAUCAGAGGUGCAGCAGGAAAGCUAGGAGCAGAUUGAAUAUAGAAAUGUUUGGGGACUAUUUUAUUGACUUAGGGCCUGACCCAAAUCCCCAUGACAUGAACAAAAGCCCCGCUCCCCCAACAAUUUGUUUCAAAGGACUUUGUAUCAAGGAUUUAGAGCUCAAUCUGACCUCACUGAGGUUUGCCACUGAUUUCAAUGGAAGAUGGCAUGCUUAUUCCGUUCCCCGGGAAUUGAGUCGAUAUACAGUAUACAUAUACCUAUGAGUCCCUGGGCAUGGGAGAAAUGGGGGCCAAGUGUCUUUCACCUGAACUGCAAUACAUGCCCUAAGGUUGGAUCUGCCAGAUAAUGUUACAGCUUCUCUAAACUGAAGAGAAAUGAAAACUCUAGAUUGACAGCUGAGCUUAUCAUAAAAUAAUAAGUACUUUGGAAAAAUGCAAUAUAUCAUUCCCAUCGUGCCUCUGAGGAAGCCACAAAUAAUCGAAUGAUGGGGUUUGGGUGCUGUUUAAUAUCAAUGGUGCCUGUUAAUAAUGAUGGUAUGACAUAUGAUAGGCAUGUUAAAUCAGAAAUUAAAUUACCAAUUAUAUCAUUACUAUAACUGCAGUAAUUUUGGGAAACUAAAUACUGUGAUAAUAGAUGCUAAAAUGCUAAUAUCCUCAUAUAUUGAAAACUACAGACCUCUGUACAAAUCAUUGCAUAGCAGAGAAAGCAGAUGGAGGAAUAUUAUUAUUCAUGAAAAAAUAUUUUAAUUAAUGCGAGGCAAGACUUUUUUGCACUUAUAAAGUGAAGUAAAUCAAUUUUGCAAGGUGAUAAAACUGUGAAUUAAAGUGAUGCUUUCAAGCUGCUUAUGACCAAAAUUUGACCUAUCCUCAAAGGGUAACAAUCCACUUAGAAAUGGCCUCUGGAUUCUAUGUAUUUUUUAAUUUCCUGCCAUCAAAAAGAAAUGUUUUAAAUAUACCCACACUUUAUGUAGGUCCUACAAGGCCAAAUUUUCAAAAAGCCUCUUUAAUUGCCCCCUUGUCCCCCAGCCCUGUAUUUGUGAGUGCACAUAUUUCUAUGCCCAGUAACUUCCCAGCUGUAAAACUCACUAUGUAUUUUUGAGAGAAGGAGCUUGGCUUGCAUGGGUAAAUGUGAGGCACAAGUUGAUGCCCUUUCCAAAUAUUGUGGGCAGUGUUAAGGAUGACCUUUGAAAAUUGGCCUACAGUACCUUUUCUGCUACGGAGCCAGCAGAUGGAGUAUGAACUGAUGAGCAAAGACUUGUUGUGGCAACACUGAUGGUUCUAAAGCAGAAACACGGAAAUGAAUAGAAACAUCAGAUUAUUUUUCAAGCACCAUUAGAAACAACAGAAACAAUAAACAUUUGCCUACUGAAAGGCUGUAGACCAGCAAUCUAAUGUUACGGUGCCAAGCACCUGCAGUGCCCACUGGAAAUCAGGCCCUGAAUUCAUAAGGAAGGCAAAUGUUAUUUUAAAGCCUAUUAGAAUAAGUAAAGAGUAAAAACUACUCCAAGAAAUUAUUUGACAAUGAUAAUAGUUUAUCUCAAUUGAUGUCAAAGCCGUUUCUGACAGACCUACUUUUGUUAAUAGCCUAUUAUCUUUUCAAAUGCUUUCAGAUCUAAAAAAGAAUGUGCUAAAUCCUAACCUGGGCCUUUUUUAAAAAACCUACAUAUUCUAUCAAGAGUUGGUUUUAAUUAAUAACUAAAAUGUAAAUAGGGUCCCAGCAAAAAUUUGCGUGGUGAGCUCUUUGACGGUGCAUGCCAAGAAAUGGAUGCUUUGUUGUCACACCGGGUCUGAUCAAACAAUCCUAAUGCUUACAGGACUUCCAGAGACUUCAACCUCAGUUAUGUAUAUAUAUGUAAUGCAGGAGAGGGCACUUAGCAAUUAAACAAAAUAUAUUCCUGCAGAUAGGAGGGCUUGUCUGUCUUGCAUGAGAAAUUUCUUCAGCCUAAUAAAAUUCAAGGGCUUUUCUAAUUAAUUUGGAAGAAGGCUUUUGUCUUAAUUAUUAUUUUUACGGGAACAAUUCUGAACCAAGCUGCCACCAGCGACAAACUUUGUUAAGCUUGGCACUCUUAACAUACAAACAUUCUUAAGUCCAUAAAACUGAAUGCAGAGCCUGGGGCAUGUGGCCUGGACUUGAAAACUAAAGCUGAUCUUUUCAGAACUGUCUGAAUUGGGCAUUCAGCUCUCUUAGGCAUCCUUGGAUCUCUCAGCCUAAAGGUACCAAAGUGGUAUCUAAUGAGGAGCAACAAGAAAAAUGUUUGCACACAUAUAUUUAAAGACCUGAUCCAAAAACCACUGACGCUGAUAGGAUCCUUUCAGUUGACUUCAAUGGGCUUCCGAUCAGGCCCUAAAUUCAACAAUAAUAUACACUAUGUUUAGUGAUAUUUCUGUGAUCUAUUUUAACGAGAUUGCCCAUGUUGCCUGUUCCCCUAUCAUGUCAUGUAGGAGAGGAUGCUACUGACUUAGCGUGGGUCAGAUUGUGGCUGGCCCUGCACGCUGGUGCAAUGGAGUAAGGGGGUGUGAGGCACACCCUUAUUCUUUUGUGUGUCAUACCACCCCUUGUAGCACAUGGGCAGUAGCAGGUUCCACAGCACCAGUAUGUCUCUCUCCCAUUUGCCCUGUAGGUCCUAGCCCUAGUGAGUAUGCAUAUCUCUCACUGAUCUGCCUUUUAAAUAUCUACCGCGCAACUUGUAAAGAACAAGCUGUUACAUCAGAUCAAGAAACAAAAUGUUUUUCUCAAGAAGGGCCCAAUCCGGCACCCAGUGACGUCAAUGGGAGUCUUUCCAUUGACUUCAGUGGGUUUUGGAUUCGACCCUGAAAGCCUGCAUUGUUAAUAAUCUGAGAAUUAAAUGCUAAAGAUUAAGAUAGCUGAGAAAGGAAGCCCUAGGGGCCAUGCCUCCUCCCACUGGUGUCAGUGGCCAAACUCCCACUGAGUUCAACAAGAGCAGGUUCAGGUGCCUGAAA